AUGGUCGUCGUGAACUCUGUCCUGAAGCUGGUGCAGAGGCAGACCUACACCUGCCUGUCGCACCGCUACGGGCUCUACAUCUGCUUCGGGGGGAUCGUGCUCAUGAUUGUGUCUGCCUUUCAGUUCGGAGAGGUGGCGAUGGAAUGGAGUCGAGACCAGUACCAUGUGCUGUUUGACUCCUACAGAGACAAUGUCGGUGGGAGGUCUUUUCAAAGCAGACUGUGUUUGCCAAUGCCUAUAGAUGUCGUAUACACAUGGGUGAAUGGCACAGAUGUGGCACUUAUUAAACAGCUUAAAGCAGUUAAAGAGCAGAUGAAGCGAGAGCAAAAGGCUUUGAGGGAUCGUCUUGGCAAAAAUGCAACAGAAACAAUUGAAGUGCCAAAAGACAGCUCGAAGCCAGAAUGCCUACUAUCCAAUUGCGUCAUGGCACCCAUUCUCAUCCUGGACCCCCCUCUGCCCUCCCACAUCACAAUUAAAGAGUUGCCUUCCGUUGUUCCAUCGUUCUCUGACGCCAAGGAGCUCCUGCUUAUGAACAAGCCUUUUCUUUCAACGUUUGUCUCCAUUGUGAUCUUUCACUCUCAGUCUGAAGCUGAUCGUGCUUAUUCUGCUGCUUCUAAGGAGAAACAUAAAUUCAAUUUGUCUCGUUGUUUCCUGACCACAGAUAAAGAGGAACCAGGUUUGUUCCGGAUGCAGACUCUGGCCUUCUUACAUGGAUUUUCAGCGACCUACAAAGAAACGGACCAAUUAAAAGUGAAGCUCCCGUCGGUCAUUUCGGAUAAGAUUGCACAGUUUGAGCUAUAUUCAGAGGCCAGUAUCGGUUUGCUUUUCCUGAAGACGUCUCAGGACUUUACAGAUCUGACACAACAGGCAAAAAAGAACCUGACCCUUGAUGGGAAGAAGUUAAGCAUCAGCCCGACCUUCCUGUUCUGGGACCAAACGCCCAUCUCUGAAUCGAAACAAAAUGAGGAUAUAUCUGCUAGUCGGUUUGAAGACAACGAGGAGCUUCGUUACUCUCUCCGCUCAGUAGAGAAACAUGCUCCGUGGGUGCGGCAUAUCUUCGUUGUGACUAAUGGACAAAUUCCUUCUUGGCUUAACCUGGAUAACCCCAGAGUCACAGUGGUCGCACAUCAGGACAUCUUCUUGAACCAAAGCCACCUUCCAACAUUCAGCUCUCCUUCCAUUGAGACCCACAUCCACCGCAUCCCAGGCCUCUCCCAGAAGUUCAUUUACCUAAAUGAUGACGUGAUGUUUGGCAAAGAUGUUUGGCCAGAUGAUUUUUACACCCACUCAAAGGGACAGAAGGUGUAUUUAACUUGGCCUGUUCCAAACUGUGCUGAGGGAUGUCCUGGAUCUUGGAUCAAAGAUGCCUACUGUGACAAGACUUGUAACAAUUCAGCAUGUGAUUGGGAUGGAGGAGAUUGCCUGGGACGCUUUGCAGACGAUGUUCCGGGAGCCAGGGGCCGCGGGGCAGGAGCACAGGUGUGGCAGUUUGCAGCUGGCGUUGGCCUUGGUGCAACGUCCUAUUGUAACCAAGGCUGUGCCAACUCCUGGCUUGCUGAUAAGUUCUGUGAUCCGGCUUGUAACAUCCUGUCUUGUGGGUAUGAUGUCGGUGACUGUGGGCAAGAACACUUUGGCGAGCUGUAUAAAGUGACCUUAACAAGAAACCAGACCGUUUAUUCUCUCCCAGUGGGCGAGAUCAAACCUUACUUCAGCUUUGCGCACGUGGCCCACAGAGUCUCCGCUGCCCAUGUCAGUGACAACGCAGCGGUGCGCCACACUUCUGUUGCUAACAAGUGGAAGACCAUUCACCUUCUGCUUUACACUGGCCACAAUCGGACACAAAUCUACUACAACAUGACUUUUCAAAAGAAGGACAAUGCCGAGUUCAUCAUGGGCUUUACUGUAGUCGUAGACACUCGCGAGGUGCCCCGCGUUAAUGUAUCUCAAACUACAGUCAAAGACAAAACCGGAGACCCUCAUCCCACACCCACUCCUGAGGCUGUUGUGUCUUUCUCAGACAUCCCAGAGGAAAGACGGGGGCCCAAAAUUAUCAGAAAGCAGUCCGCCGAGCAGUCGAUGGUUAUUCUAGUUCCUGCUGUAAAUGUGUCAUUGUUGCCAGCCUCAGUGCGCAGCGAGAUCCAAAAACUCGAUGAGAAGCUCCAAAUUGGCGACAUUACAUUAAAAGGCAAAAGUCCAGAGACUGCACCGCCAAAAGAUGAUCCACAAGAACGAGUGGUGGUGGGGAGGAAACUGCAACAUUUCACCUCAGUCGAUCGAGGUUUCCUUCCCUGGGAGAAAAGAAAAUUCUUCCACAGCCUUCUGGAAGAAGAGGAGCGACUGCAGAAAGAGCUGAGAUACGAGGCCAAUGGCGCUGCUGCAGGGCGGAGACUCCAGGACACUUUCGCCGAUUCUUUGCGUUUUGUUAACAAACUCCUGAACAGCCGGUUUGGCUUCACAUCCCGCAAAGUCCCUGCACAUAUGCCGCACAUGAUAGACCGAUUUAUCAUGCAGGAGCUACAAGACAUGUUUCCAAAAGAGUUUGAUGAAACCUCUGGCCAUCGUGUGCGGCACUCUGAGGACAUGCAGUUUGCCUUCUCGUACUUCUACUUCUUAAUGAGUGCGCAGCAGCAUCUCAAUGUCUCUGAAGUGUUUGAUGAAAUCGACACGGACCACUCGGGGAUACUGUCUGAUCGUGAGAUUAGAACACUAGCCACGAGGAUCUAUGAACUACCUCUAAACCUCCAGGAUUUGACUGGGUUAGAACAGAUGCUUAUAAACUGCUCUAAAACAUUACCGGCAAACCUGUCUCAGCUCGAUUUGGUGAAGCCAACCCAAGAAGCGUAUUAUGACCCGAGCAUGCCUCCUGUCACCAAAGGCCUAGUGAUCCACUGCAAAGCAAUCACAGAGCGUAUACAGAAGGCGUUCCAUGACCAGAAUAAAUAUAAGUUUGAGAUCAUGGGGGAGGAGGAGAUUGCUUUUAAGAUGAUACGCACCAAUGUGUCCCAUGUGGUCGGCCAAUUAGAUGACAUUAGAAAAAAUCCAAGAAAGUUUGUUUGUCUGAAUGACAACAUUGAUCACAGCCACAAAGAUGCAACAACAGUGAAGGCAGUUUUGAGAGAUUUUUACGAGUCCAUGUUUCCUCUGGCCUCACAGUUUGAAUUACCCAGAGAGUAUCGCAACAGAUUUCUACACAUGGACGAACUACAGGAAUGGCGAAUAUAUCGGGACAAGUUGAAGUUUUGGACUCACUGCGUUCUUGUGACACUUGUCAUAUUUACAGUCUUGUCCUUUUUUGCUGAACAGCUGGUUGCCUUGAAGAGGAAGAUCUUUCCGAGGCGCAGAAUCUACAGGGAUCAAAACUCUGAGGGGGUUUGA